AGUUUGGAGAUGAAAUUCCUCUGGUAGAGACUGCCUCGUCCAGGUGGGUUUGGCAUUCAGACGAUUAAUAAAUAAUAAUUUCACCGUUUAUGGAGAAAUUAAAUUAAAAAGACCCGAAAAUGUCCAUAUUUAGAUAAAUUAAUUUGACGAGUAAAUUCACUCGGUGGUAGUCUGUUAGCAAGAACGACGGUAUACCCUUAAAAGAUUUUGUAAAGAUGAUUUUGUAUUGUCAUUGUAGUUUGCAAACACAAUCAACUCCCAUACCCGAUGGGGAAGAAAUUGGAAUGACGUUACAGCAAAAGCAAUGUGUAAUUGCACAAUUGCAAAAGGUAAUAAUUGUUGAUUGAAACCUGAUCAAGUGAGGAUGAGAGUUAAUUAAAUUGGGCAAGCGUGGGUUUCUUAUCCUCGUGGACUCUCAUCCUGGUGGUUCAGUUCCACCGAAGAGCAUUGUACCAAAUAUAUUCUAUAGUCUGUACAGUUUUCUCGGAAGAUGCAUGCAUGGCCCUUACUGUGCUGUUUCCCCUUUCUCCUGUGGUAUCAGAUAUUAGACAUUUUAAAUUUUUUUUGCCGUCAUUUCCUUUUGCCGUAACCCAACGAAAAAAUAAGCGUGGCUUUAUCUGAAUGUUUGAAAUUUUGUAGUGACCGGUCGGGAUUCAAGCCCUUCAUAAUCUGGUAUCCUGUGGAUAUCGGGAUACUGCAUAUUUCUGGCCCUGAGCUCGAGUAGUAUUAAAUUUGAACUCUUUUCGUUUCAAAGCAUACUCAACUGUUAGCCCAAGUGUCAUUAUUGUGCAAGGGACAGGCAGACUUUAGUUUUGUGGCAGAGACAUGUGAGGGGCUGCUUCAAGAUAUGGUUCGACUCAACGAUGUUGCCACCAGUGAUUAUGUUUCUCGAUUGGUGGUUAAUAAAGGCGCCUCACCUACUGUGUUCUCGUCUGUUGGACUGAAUGAGGCCGUCAGGUAAUGGGUAGAAAAGUUUAUAAUACGUUUUUUGUUGAAGGAAUUUGUAGAUGCAAAUUUCGAGUGUUGAUUUAUACAUUUAAUUAUUAACACCUAACCAGGAGCAAAAGAUGCAACUAUAGAGCGUUUGAACUCAUUCCCCAGAGACCAACUCAACAAAAGCCAUGGCGGCCAUGUUGGUGUUCCAGACAAAAGAGUCUAAUUAAAAUUCUUUUGAAUUGGAACACCAACAUGGCGGCUGUGACGUCAUGUGCAAACGUUCUAUAAGUCCUCUGCAGAAAUCAAACCUCCGGUGUAGUUCUCUUAUCAACUGAACUACAGAGUCCAGUAGUUGAACCAAGUUAAUAGAAUAGAACAGUAACAAGGCGUGUGAGUUAUCUGAAGUUGUAGAAAGCGUUCCUGCAUGCUCGUGUUUUAAAUAAUAACUCUAAUGCUUAGUUACUUUAAUUGUUCUAUUCUAUAUACUUCUGUAAACUAGUACAGCAGUAACUAGGCAAUGUGAGUUAUCUAAAGUUGUAGAAUUGGGCGUAGUAACGAUGAAAACAACGUUAGCCAAAUUUGUGUAUAGGUCUAUCGAAUAAGAUGCCCUAAAAUCUAGUCCAAGCGUCGAAUAUACACUGUACAAAAUGUUUACUGUUUUCGGAGUUACUAUUGUUUUUGUAUUUGUAAUUUUACUUUAUCGUUUUAGGGUCAUAAACCAACCCCUUUCAUCCAUUACACCAGUUGGGACACCCUCCACGACGAAACCUGGUGACGAGUCACGUGUCACCACAGCAGCUCCUAUCAUUUCUGAGGAAGUGGUCAAGAUUAUAAGGUCAUCACCUAUAUUUCUCUAUAAGGGAUUGUUACCUCAUAUUCCAUUUCAAACACAGAAGACAAUUUCAGGGCGUGGCGAGAAAUUCCUUCAAUGCGAAGAUAACCUCCUUGUGUUGGGUAUUGAUCAAUACGCUCAUAAUUGGACUGAAAUUAAGAAACAUUACCUCCCAGUUAAAACGCUGAAACAAAUCAAGAUACGUCGCAAGAACUUGUGUUCAAAACGUGCUCCGGAUAAUGUCGUCAAACAAUACAGGGAUACUGGAAAGAUACCAAUGUUACCUACAAUACCUGCCACUUUAGGUACAGUAGUAUGUUAAGUUCCGUUUACAUGAGACCGGAAUGAAGUCAAACCGGAAUGAAAAUUGAAAUUGUCAACAUGUUUACAUGAGACCGGUACGAAAAUCACAAAAUGUUCAAUUUAUUACCCUUGUCAGGCAAUUUUCUUUUUUAGAUGUCUUUUGUUAGCAUUUUUUGCUCCAAUGUCAAGGUUACAGUUGAGACUGGUCUGAAAUGUAUUUGUGUCUACAUUAAUCCCAGUCUGAAUGGACCUUUCCCCUUAUAACAAAAAUUUUGAUCUAGACAAAAAUUUCAUGACAGCUUGAAAGAGCAUCACAAAAUUAGUAAUAUUCCAAAGUUUCGUUGCGAAAUGUUGUAAAAUGCGGAUAAUAUAGCCUUGUGAAGUUUGCCAUUUUUCAGUCAUUUUAGAUUACAAACAGGAAAUUGACAGCCCAAUCGGGUGUUGGGGCAUCAAUUUCCAUUUUGUAAUCUAAAAUGACAGAAAAUUGCAAAUUUCGCAGGGCUAUAUUAUCCGCAUUUUACAACAUUUCACAACGAAAUUUUGGAAUAUUACUAAUUUUGUGAUGCUCUUUCAAGCUGUGAAAAUGAAAUUUUUGUCUCAACUUGUCUAGAUCAAAAUUUUAGUUAUAAGGGGAAAGGUCCAUUGAUGCCGGUCUGAAGUCAGUCGGCCCGGUCCAGCAGGCCCGGCGGAAUGACCGGUCUGAGUUAUAUUCGUCUCGGUCUCAUUGUGAACUUCUAUUACAGUAAGUAAUACGACGACCAAAACGAAAUGGUCCCGGUUUGAGUUCGUCCCGGUCUCAUGUAAACGGGGCCUUAUUGUAGCUUCAAACAGCUGGGCAUUUUGUACGGAGCAUGCGCGAAAAAAUCAAUAUGGCGACAUAUAUUAGGAGUGCUUCGUGGAUUUAUCUGGUUUUAAAGCUGAUAAAACAACAUUUCAAUGAACGAAAACUUUGUAAUAUUUAGUGGAAAACAUUAAGCUAUGCAAUCCAAAGGUUUUAAAUUAAAAAUACGUACUUUUGCUUUAUUUAAUUGCUUUUUAUCCUUUGAAAAUAGGCAAGCUCAUUUUUUUUUCUGAAAGAAUCUAAACUAAUAUUAUUUUACCCAUCAUUUGUUUAAUCUGAACAGAAAUAGAUAGAAAACUUGGCUACAUAAGUUAUAAAGGGAAUUGGUAGCUGAUCUGAAAGAUUUCAGUAUUCCUGGUACACAUUUUAACAAAGAAUGACUGUAAUUUUAAAAAUUAAAUAUGCAUAUCAAAAACGAUAGUUUUUAUUAGAACAACACAGAAUAAGUUGUUAUUUUCUAUUUUUACAAAAACAAGUUUGGAAACAGAAUCUAGUCCUCCAGCUUGAUGUCAUAUUCCAUUUAUUUGGAUAUUUAAAUAAAGGAAUGUGAAAUAAUAAUUGAAACUUGUCCAAAAUUUGAUACCAACACUCAAGUGAACAGAUACUAUCACCUAAAAAUAAAAGAAAACAGAACUUAAAUUUGUCAUAUAAUGCUAUGAAAAAAUCUUAGAUACUACAGGCAUAUAAUGAGCACAACUCUUUAACAAACUCACUAAAAUAAGUUAAGUAAUUUAUGCUAUGAUAAAAGGAUGGCAAUAUAUGACAACAUCAAAUGUUGCCAUCUUCAGUGUCCAAAAAAAGUGCCGCGCGCAUUUUUCCCAGCAUACCCACUAACUUUUCCAUGAAGGUUGACUAAUAAGGAUAGUUUUAAGCCAUAUUUCGGAGAGAGGCAAUGGGCAAAAUUUUAGGAUAUUUUUAUUUAUAUGCCAUAUCACAACAGAAUUUCACAAAGCAAGCAUGCCUAUAUUCAGGAUUGCCGUUAGACUCUUAAAACUGAACAAAUCAAUACGGCAUUUCCUAUCUCAUCACAACCAAUACUUGAACAUUUUCAAAAGCAUUUUUGCAGCAAUUUUUACUUUAUAACAAACCAAUACAGGAGCAAUUUCAUAAGCAUGUGACAACAUGACAUUUUCACUUCACAAGUAGAUUUGUCAAUUACAACAUCUAGCACAUAUUGCCCAUGAAUAGCUCAGGUUUUAAUAAAACAAAGUAUGAUUUAACUUUCAUAAAAUAUAUUUUCUAACUAAAGGCAACGGCCAGUUUUUACGAAAUUGCAAGAGGAAUAUGUGUCAUUUUCAUCAAAAUAUGUAUUUUAAGACACUUAUUAUUCCAGAUGAGGAAGGACAAACAAAUCAUUGAACAUACCUGUGGAAACAACAACAACUCAGCUUCUAUCAAGAAUAAAAUAUGAACACUUCUUUGUUUCCAUACUGCUCUACCCUGCUUCUGAAACUCUGACAAUGAGUGAAACAUUUCCACUUGUCACCCAUUUGUAAAUAAAAAUUCUUCGCACGUUUUCAUGCGAUUAAGUCGUUAUAUCGUUGCGUACAAGCACUACAACUUAAUCUUUCAAGAAACACUGUAUUUUCCAUGAACAAACCAGUAAAAGAGGACAAAAAAUCCUCUCACAAUCAUAUUUUCAGCGUUCGAAGAAUCAAAAUGUUUGUUAAAGAAAUGCGCCCGCAAUAUUUAGACAGCGACAACAGAAUGCCCAGCUGUUGUAGCUUCAUAGUUGAAGGUUCAUGUAGAUGAAAAUUUCGAGCGAUAGAUUAUAUGCAAUUUUAGACCUAACCAGGAUCAGCUGAGGAAGCCCUCUGGAAGGAGGCGGACUUACGGCUCUGACUCCGUCGCAGCGCUCUAACCAACCGAGUCACAGAAGUCCUUGGAUUUUUCACAGCUGCAUGUAGUUAGGUCUAAAAUUGUAUAACCGUCAGCUCGAAAUUUCUAUUUUGAAAAAGCCUUCAAUAGACGAUUCCCCUUAUUACGUUUUCGUAGCGCUUUGCAUUGUGGUUAUAGUGAUAUCACUAAUAUUCAAGAUGGCUUAUUUUUUGUCCUCAACUGUGCAAGAACUUUAAAAAAAAGCUAGGGUCAGGUGCACGAUAUCCAACAGCAAAAUAUUCGCGAAAACAUUCAAUAUUUUUAUUCGAGGCCACUAUCUUUAUCAGUGAUGCCGCUAUAACCACAAUGCAAAGCGCUACGAAAAUGUAAUAGGGGAAUCGUUUAUUGUUAUCAAGCUAGAUGCCCAAAAAUCUCGAUAUUUACCGUACCUUGACACUCUCUUAUCACUCUCCCCCGCAGAGCGUUCGUAUAUAUUAUUUAUACCCGGAAAAUGUAAGGCAUUCAGCCUGCAUAUGCCUCAUAAUUUGCCCUAUAGCUCGCUUAUUUAACUAUGUAUAGCCAGUGAACUCCAAAAAGUGAAGCCAAGAUGGCGGAAAUUGAAGAGAUAUUGGACGUCAGUUCCAGUCCCUUUCUAUUGUUUUUGUCUGCGCGGUUAACAUGAUACGGAAUGUAUAGCCUAAUUUAAUUUAGAAUAUACUCUCGGGUUGGGGAUACUGCUCUUCGCGCAAUUUGAUUGCUUGCUCAUCUCCGGAUAUUCUUUCACUAUCUCAAGUAAUAAUCUGUGCCAAGUAAUAAAGUAUUGUAUUGUAUCUUUUUAAUUAUGCAUAUUACUUCCUGCGUACAAAUAGAAUACUCAUAUCGUACUUUUCGUAUAUUUAGCGAUGGAAGAAUGUCUGCGGCCUACUAUAUUUUCUGCCCCCAAUGAAAAAGGAACCAGUUCCUUGUGGUUUAAGAAACUGAAUGAACAACAGACGCCCCAAAGUUUAAGUGCCAAGAAAAUAGCAAAGAGAAAAAAGAAUGUAAAGACUAACGAUGUUACCGUGGCAAUCUCUCCUCGUUCCUUUAUUUACGUGAGUAAUUUCCUGCGAUAUUUAUAUGAUGAUUCUCUCUAAGUGUGUCUACACUUCAUUGCAAGCUGAAAAUUUUGUUCGGUCGCCGUGGAAAACCAACCCUCGACCGAUCGAACAAUUGCCCACCGCAGUCAAGCAAAAUUGUCAACUUGCUCGGAUACACUUGGAAAGCAUAUAAUCUUUAAUAUAACUUCUCGUAAAUGCAUGCAUAACACCUUUAUAAUUUAUAUGCAUCAUUUCCUGUUGUUUUAAGCUUUGUAAUUGUUUUGUGUUGUGGAAUAUAUUGGAGGACAUUGUAAUACAUUAGUUUGCAGGGCUCAAAAUAACGUUCUGGACCGGUCAACUUGAUCAACGCAAACAAAAUUUAACUGUUUAUGCAUGAGCCAAGAGAGUUAUCAAUAAAUUCCACAACAAAAAACCUCUGUCGGAUUAAGGUUGUCAAAAGUAAAUAAAAUUUUGUUGAAUAAACAGCCUAAUUACAAAACUUAAAACAAAAUCGAAACCUUUGAAAUUCAACCAGCAUAUAAUUAGUUACGUUUUGUUCAAGAACAAACAAUGUUUUUGUCGUACGUAAAUUGACGUUCUUGUGAUGUAAUUACGUCCGCGCCAUGAAGUAUACACCCACUCACUACAGUCUUUCUUUGACAAUUCUUCAGCAGAUAUGCUGAGGAGAAAAAAACGAUUUCUAUAUAAUUCUAUAGCGGAAGGUGUGAAAAUGAGGCCUGUCAGAAUGACCGGCGAGGAACAGGUGGGAAAUUUGUCUGAGCAUGCGCGAGUAAAAUGAGCCACGCAAUUGCGUGGAAUACACGCAACGCGUGUUUACAAAAAGACACAAUCGUGUAAAUAUUGCCAAAUGUUUGUACAAAAUAAAUGACUGUUUUAUGUUGAAAGAGUGGACAUGAUCUAAAUUAAUCAUACAGAAUUUUUUAGUGACGUUCUAUUUCAGUACCCUGCCAUUGUCUUUGGUGGGCUGUCCGUGUGCAUUCGAUCUGAAACAGUUGCUACUUUGCUGUCGAAGAAUUUCGAAUGUUUACAUGAAAAUAGAGGCAAGUCAUGCAUUUUACAACCUCUCAAACUGUAUGAGCCCCUAUUUUUACGCUUAUACCUAAGAUAUCAAAUAAAAGUACAUGAAACAGAGAACAUUUGUAGAAAGUUUUAUCGUGAGGCCACGGCCAGUUUUUAAAAUAUCUUUAUUUCUGUUCCGGUCAUCACCAAAAUUACACAAAAGCCGGGCUUGAAUAUACAACAAAUUUUGAAUCUCAUCAAGCACAAAAAUACUUAACGUGUAACCAAAAUAUGCUCAUGAAAUCGAAAUUAAUAGCUAAAUUUUCAAACUAGACCCUUCUCGAAGCGGUUUUCAUGAAGGAAGUUCACAUUUCGGCCUUUGAUUCUUGGCAAAAAUUUGACCACAACACGUGCGAAGCAACUGGGUCUCAAAGACUGAACUAAAACAUUGUGAGCCCCUAUUUUCCUGACGAUAUCUUUGAUACCUGCAAACGCCGAAAAGUUUUUGCUUUUCAUUUAGCUAUAUUUGAAAUUGAGGCCACGGGCUAUUUUUGAGAAAAUACAGUUCAAAGUCAAGCUAUUUUUACAUAUUUUCAAAAUUUGUCAAAUUUCGCGAGCUUGUAUUUUGAACUUAGACAGCUGAAGUUACAUCAAGAAACAUAGGAUGGAAAAUUUGAGGCAUAUAAAGUUAAUUUCAACUUACAUUUCAUUCUCAAAUCACGUCUUUCUUCGUUUAUUACGGUUUUAAACAAGCCAUAGAUCGACGUAUACUGUAUUUACUCCCAUGUUCACGUCGCCAUAUUAACUUCUUCCAAUCACGCGAUUACAAAACAAUCAUCCCAAAACAAAGAAUUCAUGAUCGACUUUUAAAAGAAUAACCAAUAAUUUGUAAAUCGUUGAAUGGAAAGCAAAAAAUCGUCCGCUAAAACAGCUUCUUGCUAACUUUCUGCUUUGUUUUGAAUGCAAAUGCAAUGAGCUUUGUUUCUGCCCGCAAUUUUUUGGUCAGCGACGACAAAUUUCCCACCUGUUCCGGCGAGGUAAAAAAGUGACUAGUCAACAAGCAUUUUUUUGGCAAAUUCAAUUUGACAACAAUCGUAUUCUAUCUAAAUAGCAGUUAAAAUAAAGCGUACGGCACCUGAACUAUUCAACAUCGUGCUUGACAGUGCUUCUAAAUCCAUAAAUACAUUUACGUGUUAUGCAAAUACUGUAUAGUUUCAAAAUCCGCCAUAUUUAUUUACAUUUAUAGAACCCAAGCUUUCGAGGCUCACGCGAAAUAUCACGUUACGCCCGUGAUUAGCACUAAUAACAGGACGCUGCUCCAUUUACUGUUCUAGAACAUUGGAACACUGUUCUGGAACGAUAUGAAAUGGCGUGCACACGGUGUUCUGGAACAGUGUUUAGUUAUAAUGAUUUGCUGUUAUUUGUAUAUCUAAGUAUGCUUUUGCAACGUUUGAAGUUUUUGUAUAAACAUAUUUAUUUUUCACUAGCGUUUGCCCACGAGCAUGAAGCUCAUCUACGGGGCUCACGCUACACAUUUUUACACUGAUAAAAAAAAAAUUAUCACACACGGAAAGUUGAACAACUGGUUCCCUUUAUAUCAGUCAGAUUAACACAUAUUCGACUAUUGAAGGAAACGUUUGGUUUCCUUUAUAUAUUGUUGAACAAACAUAAAAAGAUUCAGAUUAUCUAAGAUAUCCAAAUUCGUAGAACCAUGAAGAAAAAUGUUGACCUUUUCUAAAUCCGACAAGAGAUACCAGUUAUUACCAAAAAUUUGUGCAGCACUCGAGAGUAAAUUUUGUCUAAAGCAGAAUAUCGGGGACAUUUUAACAAAUAAUGAGCAACUGCAUGAUUCAUGAUCCUCAUUACAAGCACAUGUUGAAGACAGUUUACAUUUAACUUUAAACAAAUAGUAAUUUAAGCCACAACAACCUAAACGCAAGCGAGUAUGUAUUAUCGACGAAAACCUAUCGAUGGCAAAAUCGUAUAAUUUAUUGUAGUUCUCGAUGUCAAAGUACUGAAGCAACGAACGUUUAAAUGCUUGAACAGUGGAUAUAUUACGUUCUCUAACCUGGAGAUUGUUCCACAUUGACGUAGCUGAAGGAAAGAAGGAUUUUUUAAAUCUCUCCGUCCUUGACCUAUACAAAGUAAUAUUCUCUGAAUUUCUCAAUAAUAACCCUGGCCUUUGUUGCACUGUCUGGGGCAGCAAAUCGGAUAAAUAAUUUGGAGUAAGGUUAUUAACAAUUUUGUAAUAUAAAACAAGUUUAUUCAUGGAACGCCUUGUUUUCAUAUCUUCCCAUGACAACUCUUCUAACAGUCUUGAUCUGCUGGUGCCCUUCAUAGCGCCCGUGACCAUUCUUGCGGAUUCAUAUUGAAUUGAUUGAAUAAGGUCGCACUCACUCAGGGAGCAAUUGUCCCAAAGAACAUCAGCAUAUUCUAGAAUAGGCCUUAUAAGUGCCUUGUACAGAUUGUCUAAAGCUGCUAUAUUUAUUCUAAAUUUCAAACCCUUCAAAAGGUUUAGUCUUUUUGAUGCUUUUUCAUAAAUAUUAAACACAUGCGUUCUCCACGAAAGACUAGAAGAAAGGGUGACACCUAAAUGUUUAUGAUUACUAACAGACUCAAUAAUUUGAUUAUCGUAUUUUAACGUUUGAAGUUGGGGCAGCCAGAACAGUUCCGAACAGUCAUGUGAUCAUGUUCUGUUCUAUUCCAUUUGUGUUCCCAAAAUCCGGAGUACAUAAUCCGAACAGUAAAUGGAGCAGCCUGCAGGAGGGUAGGAUCAAAGUGGGCGUUGUCACCAUAGGUUGUCACAAUCCCCAAUCAGCUGUCACGUUACCUGUUCAAAUCGUUCCGAGCGUGUGGAAUCUUAUGACAUCAUAACAGCCUCGAUAAAAUAUUUUGGGGACACGUUUGUGCCAUAUAAGGAAGUUUGGGACACGUUUGUGCCAUAUAUGGAAGUGUCGUUUUCCCUUGCUUCGAACAAGAAAAAUAAUUGGAUGAUCUUACCCUCCUAUUAUCAGUGCAAAUCACGGGCAUGAGCCGCAAAAGCGUGCUGUGCUUGGGUUCUAAUGUAAAUAAAUAUGGCGGAUUUUGAAAAUAUACAUUAUUUGCAUAUGUAAAUGUAUUUAUGGAUUUAUUUUAGAAGCACUGUCUGCAAGCAAGAUAAUGAAUGGUUCAGGUGCCGUACACUUUAUUUUAACUGCUAUUUAGAUAGAAUACUAUUAUUGUCAAAUUGAAUUCGUCCUAAAGCCCGUGGUCUUUGUCCGUUGACCGGUCGUUAUUUUGAGGCCUGUGUUUGAAUUCCCAAGUUCCAUAUUACUAAACUGGCAUUUCUCACGCAGGUCAGUACCCACCUUAUUUGGGAUAUUAUAGAGUUCAAUGACGCGGUCUGAAUUUCAGCUGGAGAAUGAGCGCUAAGCAAUUUGUUUACUGUAACAAGUGUUUGAAGCUUUUUCAAAUAACCUUACAAACUGCUGAAGCGAUGCAAUGUUUGCUGUAAUUUCGACUUUAAGUAACAACUCUUGGGUCGCAAUAAACUUUCACGUUGCUUGAAAGACGUAAUAAUGCUUAGUUUAACCAUAACGAAGGGAAGAUGGCUGUGAAACUCAUUAGAAUAACAAUAUAACUAAUUCAUUAUCUAUGUUAGUCAACGUUUAUUCAUAAAUCUGGUCCUUCGCCGUCACGUGCGUAUUGUAGUUUUGCCCAACUAACCAAUGGCAAUGCUUUAGGAAAGUUACCUACCCGUGACUCGAACAAUAGGGUAAUUUGGAAGUUGCUAUUGGUGGAUUUGGCAAAAAUACAAUACGCACGUGACGGUGAAGGACCAGAUUCUUGAAUAAACCUUGAUUAACAUAGAUAUUAAAUGAGUUAUUAUAAUGUUGCUAUUCUAAUUAGUUUCACAGCCAUCUUCCCUUCGAUGGGCUAUGGUUUAACGUUGUGUUGAGAAUGACAAAGCUGUUGAGAAUACCCUUGGGACCAUAAAUUAUUCUUGCAUGACAUUUGUUUUGGAAAGCGCGUCGUUGAGCCGCCCGCGUCGUACAUCUUAAACUCUCUACUGUCUUCCCACGUAAGAGAAUCUAGUGUAUACAAUGUGAAGAGCGACUUUCCAAAGUUGUAAUUGUAAAAUGUAUUAUUAUACACACAUGAAAUAACACUGAUAAAAGCAUUUCGCGGUGCGUACGCUCUCAGGAUUGGGAGAGAACGGUCUGUGCCAGCGUAGGUGGUGACAAUAACACCAGAAAGCUGCGGAUUAUUGAGAGGGACUUAACCAACUGAAAAAUACAAGCAAAACCUCAGCAUUUCGAGCGAAGGUCCUUCGUUGGAAAGUUUAAUAGCUAACAAAGGGCCUUCACUCGAAACGUCGAUUAUGUGUUGCUUGUAAUUAUACGUCAACCUUUUCACGGGGUUCGUGCAGGUCCUUGAACUCGUUGAAAAGUGUUAAGUUGAAAAAUCAAUUUCAAGGGCACUUGAAAAGUCCUUGAAAAUACAAAAUCUGUUAAAAGACCUUGAAAAGAAUCACACAAUUAUUAAUUAAAAAGUUCAAUGUACGUAAUCUGAAAUUUUCAUAAUUUUAUCAUGCAAAUAAUGUUACAUAAGGCCCAUCUGCACGAUACAGUUAGUCCUAUACGAAUGUUAUCCUGGCGUACUCUAAUAAAUGCGUGUAAAGUUGAAAUUUCUUAUAAACAAGAAUGAACUGAUGAACAGGAAUAGUGUCGUCACAAGUCGUUUGCAUACGCCAGAAUGACAACCAUAUACGACUAGUCGCGUCGUGUGAAUGGGUCUAUAAACAAGGUCUCUUCUCUACCUUACCAGAGACCACUGUGGUUUUGCUAGUGCGAACUUCUUUAAUACACUCUAUUAUUGCGCAUACAGCUCCUCGUACAACCAUUUACUAGUUUAUGUUGUUUAUGUGUGUUUGUAUACAAUCAAAUACGUUUAAUCUAUACCUGAUUAACAAAUGAGAUCUUACUGAGCCAGUGAGCGAUAGCGGCAGUGGAUGUAAAAUCUGAACGUCUCUGAUGUCGAUUUCACGACAUUCGAAAUGUCGCUGUUUUGACGUGAUUUUGGAAACGGAAUUUUAUAGGGAAAACUGAGGAAUUUCAGAGCUCCUUGUCCAUGUGCUGACAACCACAGUCGUGGGAAGAUCAUGCAGUAAACUAAGCGACUUUGAUAUUAAUUAUUUUUUGCUAAUAUUUGGAUUGUAUUCUCUUUGUAAGACAUUGAAAAAUCCUUGAAAACUUUCAGUUUAGUACGUGUAAUGUCCAACACCCUGUAUUGUAACCCUAACCGCUAAACUCCUUACCCUAAUCUCGGCUUGAACUCGGUUAUACUCGGCUUCAAGCCGAACUGAAAUUUCCUGGUCACAAUAUUCUGUACCACGUUUAUUUGUGUAGCAAACCUUUCAAUCUGUAAAGUCCGUUUUCGACCAGGGGACUAAAUAUACCCACGAUUUUCUUUGUAUCUUAACACUUAUGUGAUCUGUGUUUUUCUGUAUAGAAGAUCCCAACAAUUAUCCUGGAAGAUCCCAAGUGUGAUAUGGACGCCACAAAAGAUGUUGUAGUAAGCAGUCAACCGCCGCUGCCAGGUGCAAGGAAUAAUAACCAGUUUAAAAAUACGAAUGACAGUAAAAACCUUGCAAGGUAAUAUUUUCUUAUACAAACAAUUUCAAACUCAUUCAAAACGCAAAGGAGAUCUGCGCCAUAAAGUUUUCUUGAUAUGACGUAAUAACCGUAAACCUCGUUCCCAAGCUCUCUCCUCUACGCUCCUUUGAAUAAUUGUCCGUACAUUAAGUUAUGAAAACUAGCUAGCUGCUUAAUAUAUCUUAUGCAUAAUGACGUCACAAGGCUUGAUGUCCGCGAGGAAUGAUGGUCUUAGUAGUCAUCGCCCGGGAAAAUUGAACAAUUCAAAAUGGCCACUAUCGAAAUUUUCCCGGGCGAUGACUACUAAGACCAUCAUUCCUCACUGGCAUCAAGCCAUGUGACGUCAUUAUACAUAAGGUCUAUUGAUUUGAUGUUAUUGUCAAAACUAUUGUACUCCUUACAGGCUUGAUAAAGAAGUUUCUGCUUUCCCCAAUUGGUGUUAGGGAAACUGAGAUUGAUGGCACUGGUGGUGGCUCAACGUGCUUCCCGUUAUAGAUUCAUGUCCAACUGUUUAUGAAUACUGCCCCUAAUCCUCACCCUGACCCAGACAAAACAGCGAGGCACGAAACUAUAUUCCAUCUUUGUUCUUCUGCUUUCGUUGAGUACGAAGUUCACGACGAAUUUUGCCAAAAUAUUCGUUCUGAACGAAGGUACAAGGACGAAAACGGGAUAUGGAUUCAUGUCUCGCUGUUUUGUUAGGAUAAGGACUUAGGGUCAGCAUUCAUAAACAGCUAGACAUGAAUCUGUAACCUGUUUUCUUUGAACAAUCAGCUAAACUCAGUAUGCGCACGAUAAUGCGCAGACUUGCAAAAGUUUUCAAGUACGUCAUCGUCCUCGUAUUUUGUUCUCUGGGUCAGACUCCAUCUCUAAUACUCUUUUUAGAAUUAAUAUUUCUUCAUCUAAAGAAAAAAUGAGAACCAUAUUGCCAAACCCGAAGCCGUCACCAAAAGACACUCAACAAGUCCCCACAACACCAAGGCCGCAAUCUCUACAAAAUGAGAUUCUGAAUCAUGCAUGUUCUCCGUUAAACGACAUACCAACUGGAGCGACUACAGAUCAUGCAAUGUUGCAAGGUUCAGAGAAAGAGAAUAUACAACCCGUCAGUGAGGAAACUCAUAUUGAAAAUGUUGAUAAUUGUAAUACUGAAAACCUAAGAACAGAUACAAAUGAAGAUAUUAAGGUAACUAGAGCGCGCUCAAAGAUUGCACAUCUCCGUCAGCGAAUCGGUUCUCCACUCUGGCGCCUCACGCCACCCUGUUGUGACUGGCCAAGCACCAGAGGGCAAAUCUUAGGCUAAACUGUUUUCGUUUUUUGCAUCAUUUCAGAUUCGUGCGAUUUCAUAUGCUCAGUCUUAUCUCAGCAAUGUCAAGGUGAAUAUUUUAUGUAGUUCGGAUCAGAUCAGAUUAAAUUAGAUUAGAUUAAAUUAGAUUAGAUUAGACUAGACUAGACUUUAGGUGGUAAACGCUUCAUGCACGGCACGGUGGUAAACACUUCAUCCAGCAGCCCUGGGUUAUUAGUAUAUUUUCUAAAUACAAUCGGUAAAUUAACAAUUAUUCACCGACACUGAGGUGAAUAGUGCAAAGUUAUUCACCGAAACGCGAAGCGCUGAGGUGAAUAUCGUUGCACUAUUCACCGACACUGAGGUGAAUAAUUGUUUUAUCAUAUACCACAACAUAACAAAAAUGACCAAAUAACAACGAAAAUAUUUUAAAACCAUUUAUAUUACAUAUAUUACAGCUCCCAUAACAGUUGUAAACAAAACAGUAUUUUAUUGAGCUUUUAGUGAUUUUGUUCAUUAGAAAUGGCUUUAAAGAAUACCAAUACUCGCUGUUAAACAAAACUUUGUGGAUUUCUUCGUGUUUGGCGAAACCGCAGCUUCGUUUAGUACAAUAAUUUGCUCGUGUGUAUCCGGAACAAAACGUGACGCCAUUUUGUUUUCGUCUGGAGGUGAAUAGUGCAAGGAUAUCCGGAGUUGUGCAACCAAUGAAAUUGCGUGAAAAGCACUAUUCACCUCCCGAGUAUAUGCUAAAGCCUAUUAUUAUUCACACUGUAUAGCUACAUUGUUAUGUCUUAAGUUUGUCUUUGUUGCUCUAAAAUGAAUGUAGCAAUCUUUGUAAACUUGCAGCCUUAUAAUUAUGUGCUGUUUACAGAAAGAAGUGAAGGAAGAUAGUCUUACAUAUCAAGCAUUUCUGAAAGUUUUGGUGGAUUCAAGGACCAAUACUUGGAGCCCAACAAAGGUAAACCCUUUGUUCUGCCGAUUAUGUCGAUAUUGUUAGGUGACUUUUCAUUAUUUUUUACAUCACGUCAUAAGCAAUUGCAUUACAGCAUCACUUUUCAUUGUUACAUUAAACUUUUUACCCUUUACCGCCUUACCGUUUCCUGUUUACGUUACAUUACAUCACAUUUACAUCACAUUACAUUUCAAUAGUAUGCUCGUCAACUUUAUUAUACUGCAAACUUUACUACCCUUUGCUAGACUACACCCUUUAAACUUUGCUACCCUGGACAACCCUGGACUAGACCCUUUAAACCCUCGACUAGAUCGAUUUUCACUAUAUUUGUCGCAAUGUACCUAUACGUCAUACGUAGACUCCAACGUAUUCUUUGAUAUGAUCGAGUUAGGGCCCAUGUGUUAGACACUAAUUUCCCACUUGAUCCCAAAAACAGAAUAUAAAAAAAUCUUCUAUUUACCGAUGUGCCCCUGACAAUCUAGAAUAAGAACAGGAACAGCUUCAUAUGGUCCUUAAGCAAAGUAUUAAGUAUAUGUUUGAUGUGAAUAAACCGACGCCACAACCUGUUUCCACUAGAUUUGCCGCAAUUCACCUAUACAUACGUCAUAUGUAGACUCCAACGCAUUCUUUGAUAUGAUCGAGUUAGGCCAUGGUUUGGAUAUUAUAGUUUGGUUUACCCCAAGGUGGUCACUAUACAGCCUCUUGCAUUCAAUGAAGGAAUCUUUUUUCAUUGGAUGAAAAGGCCGUAGUGGCAACCUUGAGGCAAGCGAAACUAUACUAUUUUCGCUAUCUGUCAUUGAUAUCAAGCACGCACUCUCAAGCAUUUGUAAUAUUUACAUGAGCGACCGUGUUGUAUCGAAUAUACAAACUGGAGGCUGGAGCCGAAAGCGAGAGUUGUAAAUGGCUUGUGAAGCAUCUUGGGUGAGACUUUUUUUAUUUAUUGGUUUACUGAUUUGACUUCAAAAAAACAGGUUGGUAGGUCGGAAAAUUAAAAAAAAACAACACAUGAGUAUAAAUGAGAACCAAAUUUAAUAAUCUCUAUCAAAUCUAAUACAUCUCCAUAUUGAUUGUCACAACCAUAACACGAACCAGCAGUACGAACCAGCAGUACAAAGUUUACUUGUGUGUACUUCAUGUUGACAUCCAAAUUUUACUUUCAUUUUUUACUUUCUGAAUAUUUACGGUUGGCGGAUCCGUAAACCAAUGAGUCUCGCCUUGAUGAUUCGUAAUUUUCAGCAAUUUAAAAUAAAUGAAUAAUAUUUUGUGAGAAAAUUGAACUCAAAAUUUAUGUAAAUCAGCAUGAUUUUGUAUCUGAUAUACUGGGUGGAGCAAAAAAGUACGACUGUUUGAUUUACUAUGACUUAAGAAUUAAAAGAGAUAUUACCCUUUAGUAAGUCGCCGUAUAAUCCACGAUGUUUACAUUUUCAUGCAAUAUUGACUGCGAUAAUUGUGUUCAAACUUAAGGAAACAUUUUUGGAACCGCCGAGAAUUAGCUGAAAAGGCCCUAUUAAAACCAACUGAAUAACCGUUGCCAUUUUCUCGCGAUUAUUGUUUCAAUUAGUGGGUUGGUUUGACGAGGUCAGUUGUUCUGGGUCCACACUUUGUUUAAAGAAAUCUCGAUACGAGAGAGUACCUCCGAAUCAUACGUUACAACGUUUGACAGAGAAACGUUCGUGUUCACGCAAUAUCAAUAGGGAUCACAUGUGGUGGCAGCAAGAUGAAGCUCCUUCCCAUACCAGCAAUGCAAGAAUGCAAUACCUUCGGAAACAAUUCGCUUGCAGAGUUAUGAGUAAACGUGGCGACUGGCCUUGGCCACAUCGCUGCCCUGCUCUAACAGUAUGCGAUUUUUUUUCUUUGGGGCUAUUUGAAACAUAAAAUCUGGAAUGUGUCACAUGAUCAGCAACCACACAAUUUGAGAGAGCUUCGUAAGCGAUUGUUACAUCAUGCCACAACUUGGAACAGCAAAUGAUCCAAAAUUCUUUCGAUUGUACAUGCAUUUGCUGAUGAAUAUAGACGAUUGUUUUUGAACAACAAGCGUGAACGUACUGACUGUAGAGUAUAAUAACACAACGAAUGUAUAUAUUAAUAUUUACUAAGGGCCUGUUCGUAUGGGCAAAAGUUAUCCCUGUUAACGAGAAAACUUUUCGACUAGCCAAAUACUUUUGUUCUGUUCAUAUGGAGAAACUUUAUCCCGCUUACCGGGUAAAGUUUUCGGCUGUGACGUGGCACUGAACAUCAAUUGAAUUGAAAAGUUGCUGACACGACAGAAAGUUAUCCCGCUAAGCGGGAAAGUUGUGUUCAUAUGGGAAAAACAUUAUCCCGGUCACCGAGAUCUCGCCUGUCAACAAGCGAGAUCUCGGUACACGGGAAAACGUUUUGUCUCAUAUGAACGCAGUGUAACUUUUCAUAUUAUUUUCAUACCAAGGCGAGAUCUCGCUUGUAAACUUGUCGAAAAGUUUUCUCGCUAACCGGGAUAACUUUUGCCCAUAUGAACAGGCCCUAAGCCAUUUUUAGCUAAUUUCGUCUGUUCCAAAAAUGUUCACUUGUUUGAAUGCAUGUAUCUUUGGCAACAUGGCAUGGAAAUGUGCAUGGCAUAUAUAAAAAAAGUUGGAUAUCGCUCAAUGCCAAUAAACGUGUUUUAGGUUCAUUGCUCUUUUAGUUUUGCUUUUGCAGCGAUACAAACAGUCGUACUUUUGUUUGCCCCACCCGGUACAAACUCCUUCACGGUCAUUAAUUUUCUUGUUUUUUCUUCAUGAAUUAUUAAUGAUUUUUUUCAAAUAUAUUCAUAUCCAUUAUGUUUUCUACUAAUAUAUAGCUUUACAAAGAAGUUGCUGUGGUCUUGAAAGAUUUUCCUGAUUUGGUUCGUGAUUUUGCUGGUUUUCUUGAGCCUCAUCAGGCUUUGGACGCUGGACUGGUGAGAAAUAUAUUACCAUUAUAUGGUGUUGAUGUAUCCGUAUUUCCUCUAUUUGUCCCCUGCACUGGAGCGUAUUAGAAGAGGUGAAGGGGCUUAAUAAAUGUUCACGUUCUUGUAUAUUUAUACUUAAGAUACUUAAAAAUCUGAUAGUGCCGAGUCUGUACACGGUAGCCUACUAUAUAGCUUUACAAAGAAAUUAACUAAAAAAAAAAGAAUCUCGAACAAAUGAACUUAGCCACCUCUGAAAUUUCGACAAAAACAAGACAUUACCCUGACGUGUAACUUGUUGCUUUCGAUUAAAUAUACACAAUUUUUGAUACGUGCAUGUAACUUGUUGCUUUCGAUUAACAAGUUGUUGGAACAUCUUGUAACAAGUUUGUUGAGCUCAACAACCUUGUAGCAAGUUGCCAACAAGCCGUUGACAACUUGUCAACAAGCUUGGAACAAGCAGUGCGAACACAUCCUGUUGACAAGAUGUUGGAACAGCAUUGCUACAAGUCUGCUGCAGGUUUGUUACAACUUGUGCGUUUUACGUGUGUAUAACAAGAAUGUCACAAAUUUGACGACACAAGAUUGUAACAAUGUUGCUAUAUCAUGAUUGUAUUGAACAACUUGCAACAAGUCUCUCAAUUAGGUUGUUAUAAUUUGUUAACAGAUUAUUACAAACUUGUUGACAUCUUGGGACAAGCAGUGCGAACACAACUUUGUUGACAGCUUGUUGGCAGACUUGCUACAAGAUGUGACAUUUUUACGCGUGUCGAAUGCAGGCCACGCUCACAUUUUUCUAUGACUGCAUUUUGGAUAACAUGGCACUGUGCAUCCGAAAUUGCGUUGCAAUUUGCAGCAAUAAUUGCCCCGUGCAACAUGGCCUUAUAUAAAAACAAAUUGUAAUUUUUUGGAAUGUUUUGACGAUUUGUCAUCAUUGAAUUUGUAUCCGUUUUCUUGUAGUUUAUGACAAACAAAGCGAUUUUAAAAGCAAGGAUAUUCCUUCAACGUGUUGAGGUAAAAUGAAUUUAAAGCACGUGCGUUUAUAAGCGGAAUCGUUCUCAUAUGAAAAACCUGAUUAGGGCCACCAAUGCGCCACUAUUUUUUGUACAUUACUAAACUGUACAUUACAUUAUUAUUGAGGUCGCUCCCCAUUGUGGCUUUCAGUGACCGUUACAUCAUGUAUUACGCUUACUUAUGUUACUUACUUAGCCUAGACUAUUUAUCUUUACAACAAUUGUGAUAUUACUUUCUUCACUAUGUUCAUCCUAACCCACCCUGCCAACUUGCCCUGUGGGAGGAAACCGGAGCGCCCGGAGAAAACCUACGACUUUCGGCAGAGUGUUGACAGACUCUUUUCACAUGAGUCCGUAGCGAGAAUCGAACCCACGAUCUCACAAGUAUAAAAGGCGCUUGUUGUGACGACUGCGCCACCGAUUCCCUGCCACAGAUUCCCCGCUGUAAUGUAACUGUAAUAAAACCUGUAUUGAAUUCAUAGUUUCGGUUUGUGUCUAUGCUCGCAUCAUGACUGAAUGAAUACUAUAGUAUAUACUAGAGGAAAUAGUUUAUUCAUGUUAUAAUCAUUUAUUUUUUCUGUACAGAGCCAUUUUUCAAAAAACCCAUCACAUUUUCAAAAGAUCAUCAAGGCAUUCUCAACAUUUAAUUCACAGGAGUCAAAAUCGAGCCAGGUAAUUACGUUUUAGUCACCAGGAGAUUGGGUAAAACGUGUUUCGAUAAGAUGUAUAAGAUUAUUCAUGAUUUUGCUCCUGCAUGUGGUGCUUACUGAAAUAUUUUUCAGUUCUUCAGUUGUCAGACUUCAUGACUACAACCUCCGAACUUCUGACAUGAAGCUACAGUAUUAGCUUUAAUGAUAGUUAAUAGAGGAGAUGGUUUGGAAACUCGUUAGCAUUACAAUAAAAUGACAUUAAACCUCAUUAUCUAUGUUGUUCAGGUUUAUGCAAAAAUGUGGUCUUUCAUCGUCACGUGCGUAUUGUAUUUUUCUCAAGUCAACCAAUAGGAAUGUUCAAAAUGUUCUAUUGUUAAAGUCAUGGAUGGGCAAUAGGACAAAACUGUUGCUAUUGGCUGGUUGAGCAAAAAUACAAUACGCACGUGACGAUGAAAGACCACAUUUUUGCAUAAACCUGAACAAAAACAUAGAUAGUGAGGUUUAUUGUAAUGCUAAUGAGUUUCCAAACCAUCUCCUCUAUUAACUAUGCUUUAAUAAAAUCUUCCCCUUCCUAAAACGGAAUAAUUGAAAAAGAGUUGCAGAGGUGCCAAAUUAUGGAACUAUUUUCUCGAUCGAAAUUGGAAACGGUGAAAGCUUAGCAAGUUUCAAUUAGCUUGUACGUUCAACUAGCCUGAUAUAUGAUUUCAUUUGUUAUCUCAUACCUAGCGUAUUAGCGGCUUUCCUAUUGGCUACGAGGAGGUGCGUUCAAUCUCGAACCCACCUGCUCACGUAUGUUUAGGAGGGGGGUUCGAGAUCGAUGUUUUCACGGCGGCCAUUAUGAAGGGAUUUGAACAAAUUUCAGACGAAGAUUUAAAUAAAAAAAUAAAUGAACUGUUUUUAGUUGUUUUAUAAUUAUUAUUUUUUUAUUUUGUGUGAUGAAAAUGGAAUAUUCUGCAUUGAAAGUGGAAAAAAAGAAAGAUGGCCGCCGAAAUUUGUUCGGCACGGGCAGGUUUAUAUAAAUCUUGGCAUUGUUUUCGCAGAAUGUGUUCAUUUUCUCUUUUGAAGAGUAAGGGAGUAUUGUAGAGAAUUUUUUUAGCUUUAAUUUAAGCCUAAGUUUGUUUGUUUGCGUCGUAUGUUGGCGGCUAAAAUGUUCGUUAUCCAAACACGAAAUUAUAUACUAUAAAGUAAAAUGCGUAUAAAAUUCUUCAGUACUUUUUAGUAUUUUACCGAAAUGGCAUGUGAUAAAAAACAAACAUACUUGCAGGUUCGGUGAGUCCGGGAUUGGACGCACCUCGGGUGGCUGGAAGUUUCCUGAACUCACCUCGCUUCGCUCGGUGAGUUCGGGAAACUUCCAGCCACCCUCGGUGCGUCCAAUCCCGGACUCACCUCCCUGCAAGUAUGUUUGUUAUAUAAUAUACUUAUCCUUAUGUUAGCUUUGUAAUUUUAAAUUUUGCACGCCCCCCUUGGAAAUAAAUUUACAUUGAAAGGGUUAGCGUGCUUAAAUAAGUUUACGUUACCUUAUAAUGUACAUCAUUGUACAAUGUAUAAUUAUGUAAUCUAAAAUUUUAACGCUUUUGAUUGGCGUACUCGAUAACCCGGUUAGCUCAUCAAUAGACUGUAUCGUUUAUUGAACUCUUACCCCAUUGGCCUCGUUUUCAAGGGGUUAUUUCCUCGUUUUUAGUCCACAAUAGGGUUAAGGAUAAGUUUUAUUUGGGCUCAAGAUCGAAGAGAAACAUAUUCGUGUGCAGAACAUUGGGAUAUAUAGCCAUGCUAAAACUGCCAAACAUAUUACCGUGUUUAUUCUUUUGUAUCUAACAUUUUUUUAUGUCUAAUAACAUAUUUUGUGUAAACAUGUAAUGAUGCGUAAAUAAAUUCAUUACAUUGUUGAAGUUAAUUUUAUAGACUUUAUAUGAUUUUUUCUAUGUUUUCUAGCUCUAUGACGCGGUAAUUCCUCUCUUAAAGGGACAGCAAUAUCUGAUUGAGGAAUUCAACUCAUUCUUCAAUAAUUUAAAACCACAACCGAGGUAAUUAUCAGAUACAGACAGAGUAAAAUUUUUCUAACUCAUUUGUAUAGCCUGCAUAUGGUAGCCUGUAAAUUAUUCAAUUCACGAGCUGUAGUAGCGUAAGCAGUCUUUUUGGACUUUCGCUGAGGAUGAAUCAGUCGGCAUUUUGUUAUAAAACUGUGAUACUUCUUUUAGCUUUAGAUGAAAAUCUUUCAGAUUUUCUGAUUGCAAACCUUUCAGAAUAGUUUUUUUAAUAACACCGGCCAGUUGUUGUUUUGUUUCGAUUGUGGAGGUUGCACGAAUAGUCCACGCAAUCGCCACGCAUAUAUGUGAUUUUCAUCCCGCGUGUUACUGUAUGGAGCUUCUUUAAAUAUGCCUCACAGCCUAAGCCUCGGCGAAAACAUUUUCAGUUUGUCUACCUCUAUUUGUUUCAGUCACAGCGAUGAUUUUGAAGAAGUGGAACUUGGAAGUGGAAGUGAGAUAGAGGUCAGUAUAAAGUCUGGCCGACUCCGUCUUUAGGGUAAAUAUCGUGCCAUCUGUGAGGGUUGAAAUAGAUUUUUGGGCCGUCGGAUGCAAAAUAAUAAAUUUAAAAUCUCGUUGCCUACGUAGGUCAGUGUUUUGUGUAAUAUUUCAAACAGCCUCGUUCCCAGGGCAUUUACUAGUUCGAAGUUAGCUAACUUCCCGACCAAGGGUCUUUGCUCGAAACGUCGAAGUUCUCCUUGUAUUCUUCAGGUAGUUGUAUCCCUAUCAAUCAGGAGCCUUCAUAUUAUUUUAUAAUACUACCCAACAGUAGGUUAGUUUUCCAUGAGAAGAUUCGCCGGGUAGUGUAGUGAGGUUUUCAGAUGUUGGAUCAUUAUUUUGAUUUUACAGGUAGAUGAUUUCGAGGAAGUAAUAAUACCAGAUGUGAAGAAAAAUCUGACCAAGACGCGUGACUUUGGUAAAACGCCAAUGAAACCUCCCGGCAGGUCUAUGUCAAGAAAACAUCGUAGAGUGAAAAAAGACGAUGCAAAUGAUAAGAAUAUCGAUGGAAAUGUCGUAGAUUAUGACAAAGACAAUGAUAUUACUGAGGAUAUAGCAGAUAGACCUGAGGAAGUUAACGAUGAUAUAGGCGAUAAUUACGACAAGGCAUUAGAUUCCGAUGAGGAUUACGAUGAGCCUAUUGAUAAAAUAAACAGUGACAGUGAAACUCGAGAAAAUCCAAAUGAUACACAAUCCAUGCCACUAUUAACUAAAUAUACCAGUGACCUUAGUAAUCCCAGCAGUCCAGCUAGCGAAUGUAAGUCAGUGGAUGAUCUAUUUGACGAAGAUUACAUAGAGUCUCCAGAAACAACUCAGGAAAGUCAAGUGACGUCAGCGUCGGAAGGUGCGUCGGAUUUAAGCAAUGAGGCUACUGAUCCUGCCUUGUCAAAUGCUUCUCCAACCUCAUUGGAACAAUGUGAAAACCGUGAACAAACUGAGGAAACACCGCAUAUAAAAGUAGGGAAUAAACAUAAAAAAAACGACGUUAUAUCGAAACCAGAAGACGUAGACUGUAGUCCUGAUAGGAUAGCUUGUGGUUCGACACAAGCCACAGAAGAAACAUGUAAAGAAGGAAAUGAAAUUAUUAACAUAGAGGAAUGUUCAGAUGACUUUGAUAACCGAAUUUCUGCGAACAAUCUUGAAGUGGACGAAGAUGGGAAAUCCGUAAUAUGGACGAGGUAUAGGAGCUAUAGGUUAUGCGAAAUUCCAAAUAACAUAUAUGAUUAUGUAAAAUCAAUUUAAUUAAGACAAUCGCUCGUGUAAGGGGGUGAAGAUUGACAACAGGAAACAAGGAAAAGAACAAAAAACUCGAAUUUUCAUCUCGAAUAGACCGGAAUUGUCACUGUCGAAAUAUCCCGCAAUAUGUUGUUUAGUAUCAUUCCCGAGGGAAAUACGACGAUGCUCACCAAAUAUCCUUCUUCUUCCGCAAAGGAAUUGAGCAUGCGCAUUUCUGGUAGCACUGAAAGCCGUUCAAACAACAAAUACAUCGCAUUUGUAAAUUUGCACGUUUUGCCACCAUGGUGUCAGCGAGUGAUUUUCUAACAUUUAACUCUAACCUGCCCAUGCGCGACAUCAGCAGACAUUGAUGUGUUAUUUACAACAUGAGAGGCCGCGCUGUAUCGGAUAUACAAACUCGAGCCGAAGACGAGAUGUUGCAUAUGCGAUAUACCACGGACGCGAAUGAUGAGAACAUUCAUAUUCUUCAACAGUUUAAAAUAGAUGAAUGACAUUUGAUGAGAGAAUUGAAAGUGUAUAUAAAUCGGCAUGAUUUUGUAUCAGAUAUACAACCUCCUUCACGGUCAUGAUUUCCAGGGCCGCACCAGAGAAAUUCAGGGGUCCAGGGCAAAUUUUUAAUUCGGGGCCCCUAUUUUUCUCAAAAAUGUUGGCGAAAUACCUGUAAAAUCACGGCUAAAACACAUUUUUUCGGACUAAUGUCAGUAAAAUUAAGGUCUAAAAGAUUUCUCUCAUACAAUUACUUAUAUAAAAAACGUUCCAAAUAAAUUUUUUUUACUUACACCUUUUGGGGGCCCCCUUUUGCAAAUUUUACCCUUUAAUCACAAUUGUCUCGUCCCCCCACUCUCGGCGGCCCUGAUGAUUUUUUUUGUGUUUUCUUAAUGAGAUUCACGAAGUAGCUACUAUUCGUGCCGGGAGGUUUCAUUUGACAGGAUUUUUUUCCGUAUACCAAUUUUUCACCUAAUCUUUUACCAAUAUAAUUUUCUGAUAUGGUUUUCUCUAAUGGUUUGUUUUUUAUUACAUUUAUUUUAUUGGUUCUGUUAAUUCUACCGGCCGAUCGAUUUUGCACACGUGUUUCCCGUUCCAUCGCUACCUUGUAAUGAAGGAUCUUCACUCACUUGUAAUGAAGGAUCUUCACUCAAUGUUGGUUCAGACACAAACAACAACCGCUAAUACAAGUUACCUAUUCCUAUUGUAGGGAGGAUGACAAGAAAAUUUUACAACUGUGUCAAAGUCGAGGUCUAUCCGAUAAUAUUUACGAAGAUAUUGCGCAAGAAUUGGACAAUAAAACUGCUGCUCAGGUAGAUAUUCGACAUUAUUUCAACUUUUUCCGCUAGUCGCUAUUUUGCAGCAUGUCCCUUAUUUUCCGCAUUGAUCACCCCACCUCAC